AGCUUUCCCAGAGGUUGAGGUGUGGCAUGAGAUGAACACUCUAUCACUGUGGGGGGGCUGGUAGGGAAGCCUAGCUUAUUCCCCCUCCCAGCAAGAAUCGGCACCGGAUUUCCAAGCGUUUAUGACUAAGUUAGCAUGUACGAGUAUUAUGUGUAUACUCACAGGGGUGAAUCGGGUGGACUAUCACUCAUCAUUUGCGAGAAUGCCCCGGUUCAUCCUCCCCCCAUUAACUUAUACCAUACUACUCUCUAUACCCGCACCUUCCCCUGGGGAAGCCGAAGUGGGUCUGCCGCCACCGAUACAGUGCUAUACGGAUAUCCGCAUCACACGCGAUCACCAUCAUAUCGAACCGGAAAUAACCAAGCAAUCAGGCAACUCACCGUAGGCACGACACAAUCACGACCAUCAUCGGGGUUCUAAUCUUUCUUGUGGUAGAGGUUUCUUUCUUUGUUUUUUCCCCUCCUUUCCCUAUCUUCUUCUACAAAUUUCUGGCAGAAGAAUUGUUCAUCCUCAAAUGCAUGUCCACGUCGGCUUCACACAGUCUCAUAUGUUAUCAGAUGCUAACUCCUUUGCUGCUCUCUCUCAUACUGCCGUCCCCUGUCUCCCCUGCCUGGCCUCUCUGGGCUUCUGUCUGGGUACCAGUGCACCGGUACGGUGGUCUACCGGCAUGUGCGAAUUUGCCUGCCGGCUUUGUAUGUAGCAUACGUAUUAUAUUCCUAUACUUGUACAGCGUAUAUUCCUACAUGCUUAAUCCCUUGCUCCCACAUACCGGUACGCUGCCUCCACUAAACCCCUCCCACAUCUCCCACACACACACUCCCACAAAUUUUCACAAUCACACAAUUCCCAUUCCCCAUCCUCCAUCGCUCCCUCGGAUUCCCUCUCACUCCUCUGCUUGUUUGGUUCCCUCAAAGCACUUCCCUUACCCACCAAGCACAGGCUCACACACCCUCUCUUAUCCGGAGGGGGAAAAAGGAAAGGAAAGGAAAAAAGAAGAAAAAAAAAAAAAACUUCUAUCCAACCACUCAAAUGUAAUAUUCCUUCUAUCCCUUGCUCUUUCCUUUUCAUUCUUUCCUAACAAACAACCGGCAGCGGGAGUGGUAUCGGACGCAGCCGAGAAGGUUGUGACAAUCAUCUCUUCGUAAUAAGAGACUUGACUUUCCGCCACUCUACCACUCCCCCCCUCUCUCCUUAUCCGAUCAUAUGUACCAACGAUUCACCUUCCUACUCAGCUAUUGCUAGCUGUCUAUACCUCAUCUUCUACCAUCUCACCGCCAGCAUACUCGUACAUCGUAUAUACCCUUGUGAUAUUUACUAGUGUUGUGUUAUUUCAAAUUGAGCAAUGGCUGCAGCAAGCUCAGCUCAGACACACGGCCCCCAAAUGGGCUCUCCCGAUUCAGAAAAGCUGCAGGUUCGGUAUCGAUAUCUCUUGUUCUGUAAGAACGGCUCAGUUUGCCCUCUUGUUGCUGCCGAGGACCUUCCAGCAAUAGUUACGGUCAUUCCUCCGCUCGACAUGAUAGGUGGCAUCACCCUUGUCCAGGAGAUUGCAAAACCGUCCGGGGGCGAAAUCCCUGGGCUGCCUAGGGAUGAAAUACAGGCCAAUGACACGCAGAGGGAAUUCGAAAAUGGUGAUGAUGAAAAUGAGAGGAUUGGAACCGUUCCCUCGGAUCCGCUGCACAAUUGUCUCACUCAAGCCAGGAAAAUGCACACGUGUGCAAUCCCCGGUUCCAACACUGGCUCUGCUCCUCAGAGGGGAGAGGAAACUCUGGACAAUGAUCAAUUCUACCUUCACCCAAAUCACUCACAGGCCAAGUCACAGAAUGGUAAUUCCCCGUUCCCGCUCCCAGAAGCUCUUACCGCUCGCGAGUCCCGUCUGAAGGCUUCGGGUUUGUUUAAGAAAGAUCUCUGCCAAAGCUUCCUCCGUGAUGCGGUUUGCAAGUGGGGUUCCGAAUGCACUUUCCGUCAUGAGACCCCAUUGAGGCCAGAAAAGUGGCAGAGGUCAAACUGUGUUGUGGCCCCGGAUGGAGCCGGGUCUCCAGGGGAUACACUUUGCAGACCCGAAGCUGAUGGAGACCCCGAUAAUCAAUGUUCUUCUGACGCUGGUGAAGUCGGCGGCAGUAGUGGUAUGGCUGCUGCGGCGAGUGGUGCAGCCGACGGUGAGACCUGCGGCAUUAACACUAGAGGCAGGAAAACCGAACUCUGCGCUUAUUUCCACCGCAGGAUCGGGUGCAGGCGCGGAAAGGAUUGCUUCUAUCUUCACGAAAAUGAACCCAGCUCUUUUGUGGGCGAGAAAUAUCGUUGCUUUAAAAGGGGAAGCAACGGUGCCGGUACUCCCUCCACUCUCAAGAAGAUGGAGGGUGAAUGGAGGAGAGUCGCAUCGCCAAUAACUGACACGGGUUCUGAGGAAAAAAAGGUAAGCACUUUUAGCCAUCUUUGAGGCUAUUUCGCACUGUUUCUUCCUCUAUAGCCCGACUAAUCUUUUCAGGUCUCUCAAGACUCUCUUACUACAAUGCCUUGUAGCGGCUUACAGGGUGUGAUAUCCUGCCCGACCCCGGGCCGUAUUCAGUCCGCAACAGACCCUCUCAAGCACAUCAAGACUCACUGUACCUUCUUCCUCCGCUUCGGAGAGUGCGACUACUGGCCCUCCUGCAAGUUCUCUCAUGAGAGGCCAGAUGGAGUUGUCGCACCGCUACCACCCCCAUCUCCAACUCCCGCUAGUGGUUUUACGAGAUGGCGUGGAAGUAGGAAUUCCGCUGAAACGCUAGACACCCGUAGUAUCAAAAAGAUAUUGACCAGAGAAGACGGUAAUGGGGGGAUUGGGCUUCCCGGUCCCCAGAACAUAGAGCGUCUCGCCAUUGGAGGAAGGUUCUCACUCCUCAACAGAAUUUCGAAUGGAAACACCCUCCAGAAGGCGUUAAGCGGGAUAAGCGGCCCUAGAGAGAGUGGGUUGGCCAUUACGGAGGGGCAACUGAUUACUCUUGCCGAGUGAACAUUAGGAAUCCAGAAAGAUCUAUCAUGUUCCUGUCUUUUUUACUUUGUUUCUCUUUUUAACAGAUAUUUUAACAAUAGCUCAGCUUGUUUUUAAGGCAUAUCACGAAUAGAAGGUUCAGGAGGCUCUUCAAUGAUUAAGGGGGGAAAUGCUCUCAUGUUUUGUAAUGGGCGUUCAUUGAGUUUCAUUUUGUUUUCUAGGGACGCAUUGACAUUCGAUGACUUGUCUUUAAAUCUGCGGAUGUGGUUAGAUCCGGCAUGGCAAACUUUAAAUCAAAACCUUAUCAUAAGCG